CAAUAGUAAGACAGACGCUAUUUGGAUAACCAGGUAAAGGGUCAGGGGUCAUCAUACAUCCGGGACACUGUGCGUCCUUUCGAGAACAUCCAAGAUGGUGGUGGAAAAACUUGCAAUCGCUGACGAGUUCGAAGAUGAUCCUCCAGAGGAGGAGGAGGAGGAAGAAGAAGAUGAGGAAGACCUGGAGGACCCGAUGGACACCAUCAAAGAGGAGUGCCAGAACAGCCACCACUGCUCGCAGUACAAGUCCAGGUUUAUGGAGUGUGAGGACCGGGUCAGCAGCGGGAACGGCGAGCCCGACGAACACUGCACGGAGGAACUGCUCGACUUUCUACACUGCGCCGAUCACUGUCUAGUGGGCAAGUUGUGGCCGACCAUGAAAUAAGAACACUCCUCUCUGCUGCACUCCUGCACACAAGGCUUGCUGUUUCCAAACAAUGGUGUUGGAGUGGAGAAAAAAAUAUAGAGAAAAAUAGUUUAUCGUAGAAUAGUUCUCAACACUGUAACUGUAGAAAUCAGUAUUUGUCUGUUUGCAGUUCCAUCUAGGUGAUGUCAGACUAGUUCAAGUAAUAAUGCAGACUGCAUAGAUCUGCUACUGUUACUAUGGAGACAGUUGUCAUGGUGACAGUUGCUAUGGAGACAGUUGUCAUGGAGACAGUUGCCAUGGAGACAGUUGCCAUGGACGGUCUUCAUUUUAGUAAUGGUAGUCUUAUGUACAAGUUGACAACAGCAAUGAAAACUUGUCCAUCACAAGCAUCUUCCAAUGUACUACAGUAACCUGUUACAGCUCCGCUGUUAAAGUAGAUACUACUUUAUUUUACUUUCCUGACAUUAUGAUUAAAAGCUGCAACUUGAACUUUAAGCAGCACAUACUACUGCAUGUAUGUCCUACUCUGACCAGUGUCCUCUCAUGUUGAUAUUAAAGUUGUUUCCCAUGUAAA